GGUGAUGGGCAGAGACAUGGCGGGUGUCCCCACCCUCAGGAACACACAGAGCCCUCGGGGCAGUGCAGACCCGAAAGCCCUGGGGGUUGGGGGUGCCAUGCAGGGCUGCUGGGUGGGGUCCGUUGGAAAAAGGGGGCACCGAAGCCUCUGCUGUGACCUCCACCCUCAGGACCACUCCCUGGCCUCACUGUCUUCUCUCCCCCGAACCCGGCAGAACAUGGAGAAGGUGGCCGUGCCCUCGGUGACGCUCAUCGUGGGCUGCGGCGUGUCAUCGCUGACCCUGCUCAUGCUCAUCAUCAUCUACGUGUCAGUGUGGAGGUACAUCCGCUCCGAGCGCUCCGUCAUCCUCAUCAACUUCUGCCUGUCCAUCAUCUCCUCCAACGCCCUCAUCCUCAUCGGGCAGACCCAGACCCGGAACAAGGUAGGCGGCCCCCCGCGUGGUCACGUGGCCGUCUGGCCCGGACCCCGGAUCGCUGGCCGCCGAGGGCAGAGGACGGCCUGA